AUGUCCUUGCUCUGUCCUGAUGCCCUGGAGAGCACGUCAGGGUGGUACCAACUGCCCUCUACACUCACUGCCUGGGAAGAGGCCCUGUAUCAGGAGCCUGAGUCCAUUGCCCUGCAAAGGCUGCACCUCUUUUACUGUUGGCAGCUGCUGUCUGCAGGGUCCCUGCUCCAGCUCUGGGAAGAUGAACACAGCAGCUGUGGGAAUGCUGAGUGGAAACUCAUCUGCCUGGGGACCUGUCAGACGAUGAUCCUGUUCCAUGAAGAUGGGCUGCCUCACAGACACCUGUAUGGUUAUGGCCCAUGUUAUCCAAACUCACAAAGCAGCCAGAGCAUGUGUGCCUGCCAGUUCCCAUGCCUGGGCUGCAGCCUCACGGGCCCUGGCAGCACGUGUGGAGUCCCUGACCCAUGUGGGGCUGCCGAAGAGCGAGUGGGAGUGAACGCCUCCUGGAAUGUUUCUGGUUGUUGCUUGGAAAAGAAGAGUCAGAGGCAAGACUGCUGCAGGAGGGCCAGCCUGGAGAACAGAAUGGAACUGCAAGGCCAGCUGCUCGGGGGCGGGAGCCUGCACCGGGGUAGGAGCCUGCAUUUACAUCAGAAGGAAGUCCUCAUUUACCAGGAAACUCUCAGGCCUCAGCUGGAUAUCCGGUCCCAAGUUGACACCAAGGCCUCAGGUGAACACCAGGCACUAAGAAAACGUCAGGCCCCAGCUGAGAUCAACCCCUUGGUGGUCUCCCGAGCCCGACCUAAAUACCAAGCCCCAAGUUUACAUAGGGCCCCAGGUCACAUCAGGCUCCAGCUCUGGUGCGUGGCUGCCAAUGACAUGAGUGGCCUGGACCCAGGCUCCUGGCGUCCUCGAGGAGCCGCCCUGCAUGCUUACACAGGCUCCCGGCAGCAGGCAGUGCGGCGCUCUCACUCUUGGGAAGGGGGCAGGUGCAUGGGAGCACACGCCCUGCAGGUGGACAUAAGGCCCCAGUGGACACCAAGGACACAGGAAAACAUCAUGACACAGACAGUGGACAUCAGAUACCAGGCUGACACCAGGCCCUGGGUGGACACCAGGUCUCAAGGGGACUCCAGUCCCUGCAUGGACAUCAGGCACCAGGUGGACAGAUCAGGUCACAGUCUGGCACAUAGCCUUGGUGUCACCCUGGGACCUAAUGUCCACCUGGAGCCUGACUUGGUAUCCUCCUUGGACCUGAAGUCCAUCUGUGACAUUCCGUCCAAUGGGGGCCUGGGUGUAAACCUGGUGCCUGAUGUAUACCUCAAGUCCAGUGUGUCAAUCGGGGGCCUGGGCAUCCACCUGGGGCCUGAUGUUCAACUGGAGCCUGCUGUUCCCUGGAACCUGUUUUUCAACUGGGAACCUGAUGUCCACCUGGUGCCUGAUGUCCAUUUGGAAUCUGGAGUCCACCUGGGAACUGGCAUACGCCUAAGACAUAGUGUCAACCUGCUGUUUGAUGUCCAAUAUUCUUCAGGCUCCAGGUGGACGCCAGGCCCCAGGUUAACACCUAGGCUUCAGGUGGACACCAGGCCCCAGGAGCCCUUCAAUGCCUGCCCUUUGCUUAGGGAUAGAGCCUACAUGUUCAGGACUGACAAGCGUCCUCUGAUUCCUCUGCAGGAGCUGAUCGACCUCAAGAUGAUUCAGUGCAAGAGAGUUGUCAAUGAGGUGCUCAGCACAGUGGACUUUGUCGCCCCCGAUGAUCGAGUUGUCUUCCGCACCUGUGAAAGAGAGCAGAACAGGGUGGUCUUCCAGAUGGGGACUUCAGACGCAGAGCGAGCCCUUGCUGUGGCCAGGCUUGUAGAAAAUGAUGUGGCUGGCAUUGACGUCAACAUGGGCUGUCCAAAAGAAUAUUCCACCAAGGGAGGAAUGGGAGCUGCUCUGCUGUCAGACCCUGACAAGAUUGAGAAGAUCCUCAGCACUCUUGUUAAAGGGAUACGCAGACCUGUGACCUGCAAGAUUCGCAUCCUGCCGUCGCUAGAAGAUACUCUGAGCCUUGUGAAGCGGAUAGAGAGGACUGGCAUUGCUGCCAUCGCAGUUCAUGGGAGGAAGCGGGAGGAGCGACCUCAGCAUCCUGUCAGCUGUGAAGUCAUCAAAGCCAUUGCUGAUACCCUUUCCAUUCCUGUCAUAGCCAACGGAGGAUCUCAUGACCACAUCCAACGGUAUUCGGACAUAGAGGACUUUCGACAAGCCACGGCAGCCUCUUCUGUGAUGGUGGCCCGAGCAGCCAUGUGGAACCCAUCUAUAUUCCUCAAGGAGGGUCUGCGGCCCCUGGAGGAGGUCAUGCAGAAAUACAUCAGAUAUGCGGUGCAGUAUGACAACCACUACACCAACACCAAGUACUGCUUGUGCCAGAUGCUACGAGAACAGCUGGAGUCGCCCCAGGGAAGGUUGCUCCAUGCUGCCCAGUCUUCCCGGGAAAUUUGUGAGGCCUUUGGCCUUGGUGCCUUCUAUGAGGAGACCACACAGGAGCUGGAUGCCCAGCGGGCCAAGCUGUCAGCCAGGACUUCAGAGGAGACAGGGGAGCCAGCUGAAGAUACCUCUGGUGUCAUUAAGAUGGCUGUCAAGUUUGACCGGAGAGCAUACCCAGCCCAGAUCACCCCCAAGAUGUGCCUACUAGAGUGGUGCCGGAGGGAGAAGUUGGCACAGCCUGUGUAUGAAACGGUUCAACGCCCUCUAGAUCGCCUGUUCUCCUCUAUUGUCACCGUUGCUGAACAAAAGUAUCAGUCUACCUUGUGGGACAAGUCCAAGAAACUGGCGGAGCAGGCUGCAGCCAUCGUCUGUCUGCGGAGCCAGGGCCUCCCUGAGGGUCGGCUGGGUGAGGAGAGCCCUUCCUUGCACAAGCGAAAGAGGGAGGCUCCUGACCAAGACCCUGGGGGCCCCAGAGCUCAGGAGCUAGCACAACCUGGGGAGCUGUGCAAGAAGCCCUUUGUGGCCUUAGGAAGUGGUGAAGAGAGCCCUCUGGAAGGCUGGUGACUACUCUUCCUGCCCUAGUCACCCCCUCCAUGGGCCUGGUGCUAAGGUGGCUGUGGAUGCCACAGCAUGAACCAGAUGCUGGUCUUGCCUGGCAGGAGUUAGAUGUCCUGGCAGGGGCCAUCAGCCUAGAGCAUGGACCAGGGGCCACCCAAGGGUGGAUCCUGGCCCCUUUGGUGGAUCUGAGUGACAGGGUCAAGUUCUCUUUGAAAACAGGAGCUUUUCAGGUGGUACCUCCCCAACCUGACAUUGGUACUGUGCAAUAAAGACACCCCCUACCCUCACCCAUGGCUGGCUGCUUCAGCCUUGGGCAUCUUCAUAAAUGG